AUGGGAAAUACAUUAGAUCAAUUUUGGGUUGCAAGAAAUGUUUGGAAACCAGACUUAUACAAAGAUAAAGUUGUCUUUGCAACCGGUGGUAGUGGAACGAUUGUUAGAGUGCAAGUAGAAGCAUUAGUCUUGUUAGGUGCCAAUGCUGUCAUUAUUGGUAGAAAUGCUGCAAAAGCAGAAGCAGCCGCCAAAGAAAUAGAAUCCUUAAGACCAGGUGCUAAAGUUUUAGGACUUGGAAAUGUUGAUGUUCGUAGUGUUCAAAGUUUGAAACAAGCUGCUGAUACCACAGUUGAAAAACUUGGAAGAAUUGAUUUUGUUAUCUGUGGUGCUGCUGGGAAUUUCAUCUCAAGUAUUAAUGCCCUUUCUGCUAAUGCCUUCAAAUCAGUCAUUGAUAUUGAUUUAUUAGGUUCUUUCAACACCGUUAAAGCCUGUUAUGAUCAAUUAACAAAAAAUAAAGGAUCAAUUAUAUUCGUAAGUGCAACCUUACACUAUUAUGGUGUCCCCUUCCAAGCCCACGUUGGUGCUGCCAAAGCUGGUGUUGAUGCCUUAUCAAAUGCCCUUGCAGUAGAAUUAGGACCAGCUUGUGGUAUUAGAUCCAAUUGUAUCGCACCCGGUGCCAUUGCUAAUACUGAAGGAAUGGCAAGAUUGGCACCUCCAACUGCAGUUCCAAUUGAAAAGAAGGUCCCAUUACAAAGAUUGGGAACUACUGAAGAUAUCGCUGAUGCUACUGUGUUUUUGUUUUCUCCUGCUGCCUCAUAUAUCACCGGUGAGGUUUUGGUGGUUGAUGGGGGGCUUUGGCAAGUUGGAUCACCUGUCUCGGAGCUUUAUCCAAAAGCUGUUGUGCAAAUGCAUAAAAAUAUUGAAAGUAAGUUGUAG